AUGGGGUCUAGCGAAUUGACCAGGCUGGUCUUUCAGGAGACAGAUGAAGCCGGUAACCGCACCGCUACCUAUAUCUGCACCGGAGAUGUCUCCUCGAAGCGAGCUUCAUCGGGUCGAGUGGAUGUUAUGACAUCCUCCCCGUCUACUUCUUCAUGGUCAACCAAGCCUCUGAUCAGUUCACUGAGUGACGUGUUUCUUCCUUCCGGAUAUCCUCAUAGCGUCAGCGAAGACUAUCUACCAUAUCAAAUCUUCGACUCUCUCCAAGCCUUCUGCAGCUCAAUAGCAGGUCUCCUUUCCUCCCGCGCAGUACUUCAAGGAGUCGGUGUCGGCAACGCAGACGCAUCCCCGACAUCAGCCCUUUUGCUUCACAUAUUACAAGACAUAUCCGGCAGAAUAGCCACCAUUCUCUUCGCUCACCGCGUCGGCACGGCCCUAGAACCGGAAUGCAAGACCUACAGGCUAGCCGCGGAUGUCUUCAACGACAUCGCCAUGAUCAUGGACUGUCUCUCGCCAAUGGUUCCCGCUGGCAUGAUGCGGGUGACUAUUCUCAGUGCGGCGGGAGUGUUGCGUGCAUUGUGUGGUGUUGCCGGGGGGAGUUCAAAGGCUAGUUUGAGUGCUCAUUUUGCUAGGUGGGGGAAUCUAGCGGAGCUAAACGCUAAAGAUUCGUCUCAGGAGACUGUUAUCUCGCUGUUUGGGAUGCUGGUCGGUUCAGUCGUCAUCUCACACAUAACUAGCUUCACAACGACCUGGAUAGCGCUGUUACUCCUCUUGGCUCUGCAUCUGAGCAUGAACUACGCCGCUGUGCGAGCAGUUCAGAUGACAAGUCUGAACAGACAACGGGCAAACAUUGCCUUCUCGACUCUACUAGACUCUGAUACCACAUUGGCCCAUACGCUAAACUUGACCUCGAUCCCCAACAGCAAGUCAACCAAUGAAAGCCAAUUGAGAAUAUUCACUCCCGCAGACGUAGCACAUCACGAGCGCAUCUUCCACCGAGACGGGGCAUUACAAUGGACAAGCCAUUCAUCGACAUCGACAUCAACAGACCAUCUAGGCUCAGCCCAGAUAGGACUCCCCCUAUCCUCAUUCUUCGGCAUAUCCACCAACGGCAUAAAAACCACCAUACCAGUGCACCAAUUAACAACCCUAUUCUCCAAAGAGUCCUACAUCCUCCACCUAAAACCAUCCAUACCACUGGCAUCCUCGUCCCGGAAGCGAAAAUGGAACGCGUCCAUACUCCUCAAACAGAACUGUUCCAUCACCGACCAGUUAAAAGCAUGGACACACGCCUUACUAGCAGCACGAGUCCUAGUACAGAUGGACUCAUCAAAACAGACCCAAACAGAGAUCGAACGAGGCAGAAGCAAAGAAAGAGGCCGAGCAAAGCGAGGAAGAAAGGAUUCGUCGCCUAGUGAUGCAAUGGAUCUUUCAGGCUCGGGGUAUGUUCACGAGGUCCUCGAACGAACUCUAUCGUGUCUGAAUGCAGACUCUCGCUUCGAGGGAUACCUGUCGUGUUUACGGGAUUCUGGCUGGAAUCUUGAUGUUGCAGCGCUGGAGACGAGGGGUGGGAAGAGGGUUUCUGUUUGA